UUUUGCCCCAUCCAACUCCUGCCACGACUACACGUUUCAUUCUCUUUCGUAACAGUUUCUUGCCUUACGGAAACGUGCCCCCGGCCACAGGCUUUCUUCGCGAAAGACCGACCAAUAUGGGGCUCAAGUGGGAACAGCUCAAGCAGCGGCUGCAAGUGCCCAAGGACGAGAACUCGUACUACGACAACACGAGGUGGUGCAACCGGGAUUUGAUUCCCAUGCCGCCGGAGAGGCGGACCUGGGGUAUAUGGGGAUACUGUGGAUACUGGACUGUCUCAGGAUCCUGCAUCUCGGCAUGGUCGACGGGAAGCACAUUGCUGGCCUUUGGGCUCAGCCCACAACAAGCCAUCGGUGUCGUGAUUUUGGGAGGCGUUCUAACAGGUCUUCUGGCCGUGGCGUGUGGCUGGAUGGGUGAGAAUCAUCACAUUGGUUUCACCGUGUCGUCCCGAUUUUCCUGGGGCAUGCAGGGGAGCUACUUCCCAGUGGUACUUCGUGUUUUCGUGGCUUGCAUGUGGUUCGGAAUGCAGGCAUACUGGGGAGGUCAAGCCACAAGGGUCCUUUGGGGAGCUAUCAUUCCAGGCUUUGCGCACAUGAAGAACUACUUCAGCGAGGGGUCGCACCUUUUGACUAACGACUUCAUCGGGCUGAUCAUUUGGAUGUGCGCUUUCAUCCCGCUUGUCUUGGUCCGUCCGGAGCGACUGCAGAUCCCCUUUGCGAUCUCCUUCGUCCUUUUCGCCGGGUCUUGCUUCGGGCUGCUCAUAUGGGCCGUCCACGUUGCAGGAGGAGCCGGCAGCAUGUUCCAUGAGCCGGGAAGCAGCGACAAUGUGGGCUGGGCAUUUAUGUUCGGCAUCACCGCCAUUCUCGGCGCCUGGGGAGCGGGAACCUUGGGCCAGUCCGACUGGACGAGGUAUGCUAACCGCAAAUUCGCUCCGACGCUGUCCCAGUUGGUUGCGGCUCCCAUCACCAUCGCUGUCACGGCCACGAUUGGCAUUAUUGUUACCAGUGCUGCCAAGGAUAUCCUCGGAGGAGACAUUGUCUGGAACCCCAUCUACUUGUUGGCGGAUAUCCAAGAAGAAUAUCACUCCAGCCCCAGGGCACGAGCCGGUGUAUUCUUUGGCAGCUUGGGGCUUGUCAGUUCCCAACUUGCGAUUUCUGUCGUGCUGAAUUCGGUGUCGACUGGCAUGGACAUGGCUGGGCUGUGUCCCAAAUAUAUCAACAUCAUCCGAGGGAGUUAUAUCAUGGCGGUGAUUGGUAUCGCCACCCAACCAUGGCAACUGUUGAGCACGGCAGACAAGUUCCUCAAAGUCCUCAGCGGCUUUGGCGUUUUUAUGGCGCCUGCGACUGGCGUUAUGUUGGCUGACUAUCAUGUCGUACGUCGUACCAAGUUGAAGCUCAACGAUCUGUACAGGGGAGACAGCUCGUCGAUCUAUUGGUUCAACAAGGGUGUGAACUGGCGGGCCGUUGUCGCCUUCUUCUCUGGAGUCUGGCCAUUGUUGCCUGGUCUCGUGGGCACUGUCAACAGCAGCACAGAUGCAUCCUUUGUCGGUUGGAUCCGUCUGUACAAUCUCACCUUCAUCGUCGGGCUGGCCAUGAGCUUCUUCGUCUUCUGGAUCUUGAACUUCUUCUUCCCGCCGCCCGGUCUGGGCGAGGAGGCUCCUUUCGUCGAGGAUGACGUGCUCUACGGAGUCGACGAGCGCAGUUCCGAAAGCACCGACGAGAAGAACCUUGCCUUCGGUGCUCACGGCAACGGCAACACCGGCGACAACAAGCAAGGCGCUGUGGCGACGGUUUCCGUGUAGGGGUUUCGCGAGCGUUGGCAAUCUUGUCUGUCUGUGCUGGUGACUGCUUCUGAUGUGGCAGGGGACGAUGGCGGCUUGGGUGUGGUGCUGUGGCAGCGAAGAGACGUGAUGGCCACAUAUACAAUUGAUCGUGGUAGUCGCCCCGUUGCUCCAUUCUGACAUUUUUCAUGCAUUGAAACCAAAUUAUGUCUGCCACGAGUGUUGACAAUCUCGAGAGCUCUGUCACACCCAAACUCAUUCUCUGGGCACUCCUUGGCCAAUUAGCAUAUCCUAACAUUAAUUCAUCUCGACAAUGAUAUCGCCCUCUUGACUCUCAGCAACACAGUCUCACUGACUGUUGAAUCGAGUGCAUAUAACCAACUACGCAAUUCCG